AUGGUAAUCCACGCCUUACCUUACGUGGCGCCAGUUCGGAUAGAACCCUGGGUUGGAAAAUUAUGUCUUCUUCUGCAAUUCGCUGGCGAACGGUUUCAACUUGUUCAUGAUUUAACCAUUGGUGUUGAAUUUAGAGCCAGAAUGAUCACUAUUGAUAACAAGCCAAUAAAACUUCAGAUAUCGGAUACGGCAGGCCAAGAAUCAUUCAGAUCCAUAACAAGGUCUUACUACCGUGGAGCUGCGGGUGCAAUUCUAGUUUAUGAUAUUACUAGGAGGGAGACUUUCAAUCACUUGACUAGCUGGUUGGAGGAAGCAAGGCAGCAUGCAAAUGCAAAUAUGACGGUCAUGCUUAUUGGCAACAAGUGUGAUUUGGCUUAUAGACGGGCAGUGAGCACAGAGGAAGGUGAGCAGUUCGCCAGGGAACAAGGACUGAUCUUCAUGGAGGCCUCAGCAAAAACAGCUCAAAAUGUAGAAGAGGCAUUUCUAAGCACAGCUUCAAAAAUCUACAAGAAAAUUCAGGAGGGAGUUAUUAACAUAUCAAAUGAGUCCAAUGGCACUAAAAUUGGACAUGUAAGUCAAGCAUCUACCCAUGGAGGUAGAGAUGGCACUGCUUCUCAACAAGGUGGCUGUUACAGCUGAAAAUUAAGAUCAUUUUCCAAGCUGAGACUUUCCUAAGUGCUUCAUUUGCGGAUUUCAUAGGUUUGUUGUAGUUUUUAUGUUGGUUACGUUGACAUAUUAUUUUUAUAAAUAAUUAUCUACAAGUU